CAGGCCGAAUUAGCUCUUAUCGAAGCUAACGCACCCUACACGGGCUACAAAAUCGAUGUAUUCAAUAAACCAGAGUGGUUUGUUAGCAAAGUGAACCCCGUUGGCAAGGUGCCCACUGUAGCAUAUGGAGGACCCAGCGUCAACCCCGACGAACCUUCGCCCGCUUCCAGUAAAAUCACAGAAUCAAACGUCAUCCUCGAGUUCUUGGCAGACCUCUAUCCAAACUCUGGCCUCCUGCCAAAGGAUCCUGUUUCGCGCUCCAAAGUCCGUUUGUUCCUUGAUGCGAAUAGUAAAUCCGUCGAGGAGCCGCUUUAUGCCUUCCUCGGAGGGGUGGGGUCAUAUGAGAAUGUCUUGAAGGGCAUUGAAGUUAUCCAAGGACUCCUUGAGGAGGACGCAGAUUUCGCAGUCGGAGUUCAUUACACCAUUGCAGAUGCCUCCAUCUCGCCGCACAUCGCAAGGCUCAGGAUCAUCACGGAGACUGACGCAGGCCGGUUCCCUGCCGGUAUGGGGUUCAAACUGGGUGAGGAGCUAAAGGGACCCAAGUUUGCUAAAUUUACGAAAUACGCCGACCGAGUAUUGCAGCGUGCAAGUUUCAAGCAAACCUUUGAUCAGGUGUGUAUUCCGCUGCCCUUUUAG